GAGGACAGACAGCGUGCGCGUCCCUCCAACAGACAGAGGUGAAAGGAAAGUGGGAAUGAGAGACAGACGAGAGGGUAGAAGAGGAGCACAAUGAAGGAGUGCCAUUAUCCAUCCUGGCAGCACUGCCAUCACACCAUCUGCUGAGAGGGAGAGACAGAGGAGGGCAGUAAAGAGAAGAGGAGGCAGCCAAACGGAGGAUAGAUGGAGAGGAGCUGCCGGCAGUGACUUUGUGAAUUAAUCGAGCGGAUCAGAGGAGAAACACGUUUUCCAGGGAGUGGACGGACGGAGAGCCAGAAAGAGGAAGGAGAGGACAGAAGACCGGACAGUCUGAGGCUGUUUACAAAUUAAUGUGGUUCUCAUGUAAAAAAGAAGCUUUAGAUGAAUCACCAUGGAUGAUCAACUGUAUGCUUUUUAAACCAAAAAAGGGAACUAUUUAUUUAGCCAUUCACAAAAAAAACUCUUAGAGAAAUUGAUCAGACUCACUUUAUCCAAAACUAUUUGAAUGACUUUUCUGUUUGUCUUUUUAAACAUAGACUCUUUGUGACAUGACUUUCUAUUCUCUAUGAGCAUUCUCUGCAGGACGUUAUACAAUCACUAUCUUUGUUAGCUGCUGCUGAGAAUAUUCAGGGUUUUAUGCAACUUUUCUAAACAUCAGUGUUGUCUUUUAGAAGUAAGUGGUUUGUGUGGCUGUUGUUGUUUAUACUGUAAUUAGGAAAGUGCUAAUUGUUCUUUUGAUAUAACAGUUUUGCAUGCCAUAGUCGGAAUCAGUGCAUGCAGCCGACAUGGGAUGUCAACAUUGAUUGGGUUUUAUGGCUGGCGCGACGCCGGUCAAACUUUGAUCAUUUCCUGUAACCUAUUGAUCUCUCUCUGAGUCUUUAGUUGUUCCAGCUGUUGGAAAACAAGCUCCAUGUGCAGCCUUUGAUGCAGCAGCUAAUUGCUGUCAUGUGAUUUGACAAAGCAGUUAUCUCUUUGUCCGAAGAUUUCUGCGGUUGUCGGGACUUCUCCGUAAAUUUCCUCCGCAGGCAUCUCUUUUUAAUGUCUGUUGCCAUAGCAACGGGCAGCAGCUGCAGACAGAAUAAGAUUUAAAGUAGUUUUUUGUGUCUUGUAUUUUAAAACCGGUGCUGUUCCCUUAGGAUAACUGUGUAUGUUGUGUAGAUAAGAAAAACUAAGGUUUUUUUGAGACUUUCUUUCUCAGAAUGUUUUCUCUUUACUAGACAUCCUUUGUCUAUUCGGAGCGCAGCAGUCUCCGAGAAUCAGGGUUGUUUCAGGUCACCUGUUUCCCCCCUCCCCAUUCUGUGCUUUAGUCUAGUGUGAAUCGGCGCUGCCCCGCUUGUCCUGAUCUCACCUUUAUCGGCAACUACAAUUUUCAUCAGUGAAGCUGCCAAUAUCAGGAAUGACUGCAUAAAUGAGAUUAUCGUGCAGUGUCACUUGUACAUGUCACUCAGUGCAGCUGCUGUGCCACUAAUCACUGAUCAUUAGUACUGUCUUUGUGACGGUCUGUGUGUAGGUGAGUCAGGAUUUAUCCUCCUGCAGAGGGUCAUUUCCCCUGCAGUCACCUGACCUACAUUGUGUUCUGUGCACUUAAACAAUUCGGGCAGGGCAUUGAAACUCUCAGCAUCCCUGUGUUGAUUUUCCUCUUGUGUGUCCAUUUAGGAUCUUUUGCCUUUUUAAGAACUAAUUCCCUCUCAAGACUAAUUUCUGUUUGAAUUAGGUGUGUGACAGACGGUGUUGUUUGUUGUGCCUGCUUUUUGAUUGUCCAAAUACAGGGUGUCUUUCCCAUCAUCCCACCCUGUCUGGCAGUGCGUUAGUGUGACUAACCUCCAUGGUGCUUUUUGGCCAGGACCAGAUGGAUGACUAGCUAGAAUUACUAGACAAUCCCUCUGUGGUGCUAGACUGGUGUGGGCGACUGUUCCAUUACCAUGCAUUCAGCGCCCACUACAAGCUGGUGCGUAGUUCUUUGAACACAGUUAACUUCGGAAAUGUUAGUGUGUGGAAAAGUCAACCUCCUCACUUGGCAUCACUGAAACUUCGGUGGCAGAUUCACAGAGUUGUGUAAGUGGUGUAGGCAAGGUGGUGUAAAUCUUGCUCUCCUUUCAGGGAGUAAAGGUCAAUAGAUUUUAAAUAUAACAGGUGCGUAAACAGCACUGAGGUGUAGGCCAGCCAGCUUUCUGCCGGACUGCCUUACCUUCUACUGAGGUCAAACUGCUGCACAUGGUUUAGUUAGUUGGACUCUGCAAGAGACUGUUACUGUAAACAGACUGUUGUUUGCCUUCUAGGUUGGACUAUGCAGAAUAAGGGAUGUUAUGCAGCGUCUGUACAGUAGUGUGAACUAGAACUGAGAGCCAACCGGCUGCUUGAUAAGCCCUGCCUUAGAUAAGGUUCCAGAGUAUAACAUGUGGCUUGUUAAUAUCAUAUAGGGCUGAGUCAAAGCUCUUCUCUCAGGAAACUGACUACAAUCUGGGCUUGUUGUUUUAAACCACGCAGUAACCAAGUAAUAGGGUGAGAAGAGAGCUGCAAAUAAAAACUCAACAUACCAACAGUUUUAUUUGAGCCUCUCCAGCUUGGUGAGUUCAACUCCCAGGAGAAUCCAGCACCAUUCAGGGAAUGCUGGGUUGAGGGCUCAAACCGGACAAUUCAGGUCUCAUUACCAUCACAAGCCCACCGGUAGUCAUCAUCAGCCAAUGACCUACAUUCUCUGGUGUUACAUCACCACCGUGCUACUGCAGAGUGUGUCACUGUACCAGACACAGACAACAUCUCAGAGUCAGUUUACCACUAACUAAUGGUGCUCUAGAAAAAAAAACAUCCUUACAGAGUUGGCCAGUUUUGGAAACACACUUGAACCAAGGCCACUUGUUUUAGCCAUAUCAGGAACUUGAGUCAGGAACGGGCCAAACUCUAACGGCCCAGUCUUAUACUCGCUUCUUUUCUGUUUUCUACUUGUCUAAAUAGGUGACCGUGCCUGGCCUCUAGAUCCUUAAUAUUAAAGUUGGCGAGGCGGAAAGACAGGGCUCACCAUUAAUAUAUUAUACAGGGGACUGUUAACCAGACAGCCUGGAGAACGGGAGAGCAUACGAGGGAGGGGGUGAGGGGGAGCGAGAGAUCAUCUGGAAGAGGAGAGAGGAAGUGGUGGUGAGGGAGAGGGCGGAGGCGUUGGAGAGGCAGAGACUGGCAGAGUACAUUGUGUGGAGGAAGAGAGAGGGCUUCCAGGAGAAGAGAGACAGGGAGAAGGGAGGAAAGUGUGCAGAGAAAGAGAACGGGGCAGGGCCAGAAGUUAUCUGGAAGAGGAGAGGAGAAGAAGAAGAAGACGCAGGGAGGGAGAGAGCCAGGGCCAUUCAGAGAGGACAUGAUAUCAUUUGGAGGAAGAAAGAGAGGGAGUAAAACAGGAACGCGUGGUAAGAUUUGAGAUUACGAUGCACUCGAAAGUGUUAAAGAAAGCGUGCUGCGUUGGAUGCUAGCCAUACAUCAGUAAGCCUCUCUCUUCUUUAGCAGCUUAAUUCAGCUCCGCAGGUGCUCACUGUAGUAUCGAAAAACAAUUGGAGCUGUCUAUUGUGUGUGUUGCUGGAGUGUUCAUGCGCGCAAGCCCCUUGUGAUCCCCUCGUUGGCUGCUAAUAGGAUUUUUAUACGCAUGUGUCAAGCAGGAUAGAGCUGCCAAAAGGCUUCACACUUCCACGAAUGUACACACCACAACACACACACAGAUAAUCUUAAGAAGCAUUGUGGGCAGGGAAGAUUUAUACAGCCUCACACACGUGUCAACACAUCACAUAUGAGACCGCACCCCUCAGUGCAAAGACACAUGGGAGGGGGCGUUGAGAGACAAUCACUUGUGUUGAUUCUCCAUGGUGAAGCCGACAGCUGGAUGACAGGCCCUCACUGAGAGGCUAUUAAGUCCGGUCAAGAUACUCACAGAUAUUGUUUUACAUUGUGGCAAAAACUCCAAGACGAACACUUUGUGGAGAGCUAAGACUGUCGUCCUCAGUCCCUGGGAACACAUGAACCUUGAUGCAGAUUUAAAAGUGAACUGAUGACAACAUGAUAUGCACUGGUGCAGAAGAAAUAAACUUUUUUCAUCGGCUUCUUCCAUUAACUGGGACAUCCAACUUUUCUUCCUCUCAUUCUCCUUUCAUCGUGGGUACAGCUGUUUUUAAAGCAGCUGGGUUUCAGCCGCCUGGUAACGAGUGGAGGACAGAAAACCAGACAGAUGGGUGCUGCUCUUAUGCUGACAGAGACAUACAGAUGGCUGUGUGUCCUUAUAGAGAAACACAUUGAAUACUGAGACAUAACGACUUUGAUUGAAUCACUAGAGACUGUGUGGAUUUAAAGACUGACACUGCAGAUUCACUAUGGAGCUCGUCCCAAAAACCAAGUACACCCACUUUCGGAGUGAAUCGCUGAGCUCAACUGAUGAAACAAACUCCAAUCCAUCAUCGUUCCCUCCAUCCAGUCCUGCCACCCCGCUCACUCCCUCCCCUGGUUUACCUUCCUCUUUCUCCUCCUCGUCUCUCACUCCCAUCUUGCCCCCUUCCUCUCCCCGCCAGGCUGAGAACAGCCCCACCACCCUCUGCUCCUUCUUCCCCAGAUUGGGAUCCCUCCGCCUGGGUGUCUCUGCCACUCUUCUCCCUGGACUCAAGGCCUCGAGAGGGCUGCAGCUGCCCCAUGCGCCUGUUGAGUCCUCUGGGGACGACAGGAGUAACUCCAGCUCCUCCCCUAUUUUUCAUCACCUAAUUCCCCCUUUAACCGCUCCUUCUCCCCCUCCCCGACCUCCUCUGCAGGACAUGAACCGGCUGGGAGGGGCGUCCAGGAGGGCACGCGUGGAAGGAGGGCAGCUGGGAGGAGACGAGUGGACGCGCCAUGGCUCCUUUGUCAACAAGCCCACCCGCGGCUGGCUGCACUCCGACAGUGUGGUCACCACCGCCGGUGUUUCCUACAGUGUCCGGUACAUGGGCUGCGUGGAAGUGCUACAGUCGAUGCGAGCGCUGGACUUCAACACCAGAACUCAGGUCACCAGGGAGGCAAUCUCCGUGGUGUGCGAGGCCGUUCCCGGAGCCAAAGGAGCCCAGCGCCGGAGAAAGCCAUCUUCUCGCUGUAUGACAUCCAUCCUGGGGAAGAGUAACCUGCAAUUUGCCGGCAUGACAAUCACCCUCACCAUCUCCACCAGCAGCCUCAACCUUCUGGCCGCUGACUGCAAACAGAUAAUCGCCAACCAUCAUAUGCAGUCCAUCUCCUUCGCCUCUGGAGGAGACCCAGAUACGGCUGAGUACGUAGCAUAUGUGGCCAAAGACCCAGUCAACCAGAGAGCUUGUCAUAUCCUGGAGUGCUCAGAGGGUUUAGCCCAGGAAGUCAUCAGCACCAUUGGCCAGGCCUUUGAACUGCGUUUCAAACAGUACCUAAAGAACCCUCCCAAACUGGUCACACCUCACGACAGAAUGGCUCCGUUUGACGGCUCUGCGUGGGAGGAAGAAGAUGAAGAGGCUGCUCAGCCUCCUGACGUCCCUUACUAUAAUAAUUUCCCUGGAAAACAGCCUCCCCCUGGUGGACUGGUUGACAUGAGGACCCGCCCGGGUGCCACGCUGCCGUAUGGACAGCCAGGCCAGAAUGACAUCCACAAGCAGCCUCUGCCGCCUCUACCAGUGGGUGCCAAAGAAGGGGGACGAGAACUGUUCGAUGACCCUUCAUACGUCAACGUUGACAAACCCCGUCUCCCAGUUGCAGCCAAUGGAAAUGCUCACAGAGAUGCUUUUGACAUGAAGCCAUUUGACGAUGCCCUGGGAGUCUCUGGACAUGGUGGUCCAAACUCGGUGUCAGCGGCACCCCCUCUGGUGGAGCAGCUGCAGUGCGAGUCCUGGUUCCACGGUAGCUUGAGUCGCAGGGAGGCAGAGAGGCUUCUGACCCGCGAUGGAGACUUCCUCGUGCGAGAGUCUGGAACCACGCCUGGACAGUAUGUCCUCACGGGACAGCAGGGGGGUCAGCCCAAACACCUGCUACUAGUCGACCCAGAAGGAGUGGUCCGCACAAAAGACCAUCGGUUUGAAAGUGUGAGUCACCUGAUCAGUUACCACAUGGACAACAGACUCCCCAUCGUAUCUGCUGGUAGCGAAGUGUGUCUGCAACAGCCAGUAGAGCGCAGAGCCUAACGUUACACAAACCAAUACAAUACUCCACCAAAUGCACACACUCCUGAAGCAAUUCAACACAAGACAAAGACACCUUCAUAUGCUUUAAACACAGCAACACUACACUAAACACAGACGCAUACAUACAUAUACAAUGAUAAAUAUGCUCACAACACUGCAAAGAAAGCCAAAAAAAUAUAAUUGUUCUGUAAAUCACACACUUGCUGCUGUUGCUACAUAUUCCUUUCCUUUCUGAAAGCUGAACUAUGACCUGCAGUCCCCAACUCUUUUCAGGCGCACCCCUCCAACACGGAGAAGCACCGCUGCAAUUUCUCAACAGCCUACUGUGAACCAGGGAGGAGCCCUUUGUUAAUUUUAAAACAGGGCAGAAAACAAAAUGCAUUUUUUUUUAUAAGAAAAAAAAUAACAUGCAAUUUAUGAGAAAAAAAUAAGAACUAAUACGUGGAAUCUUGUACAAAAAAAAAGGACUCAAACAUGAAGAAAGGAGCAUUAAUGGGACAUUGAAUGAGAUUUUCAGUGCUUGUAGCCGUGUGUUGUUUUAUUCAACAAAAUGAUUUCCCUCCUCACACUGUCGCUGGAGCAUAUUUGGCAAAACAGGAACUGGAUGGUAAUGAUUGUUUUUUCCAGAGACAUAAACUCUUCACUUCAAGUGUCAAUGGAGCACUUCAGCAGCAAACCUGACUUUAAAAAAGAAAAAAAGCCUGGGGAUUAUGCAUAAACGAGUUUUUGCUUCCAACCUAAUCAGAGGAGGCUGCCCCAAGCCACUCCCCUUUUAAGGACUUUUGAACUUUGACCCCUGGAGUGAUACCUGGCGAUGAUGAAAGCCUGUAUGCAAAACUGGGGGAUUGCUAUGCCAACGACCACGUCCUUUUUUUUGGGUAACUGUUAUCUUGGGACUCAUUACUUCUAGGACAUUCUGAGGAGGAUCUAAACAGCUGUAUCUCCCUAAUCCCUCUGUAAAUACACACACACACACACACACACACACACACACACACACACACACCUUUAAACCACACACGGUCUGCACCACCUGUCAUGCCAAAGAACAUGAAUUGGUUGCCAACAGCAGAGAAAGCCAUGACAACUAUCAGCAGUUAUCUAUCAUGUAGGCUUACAGCAUUGGGAGCAAGUUUAGAUUUAAUAUGCAUAUUAAAAUUGGAUUUAGGGGGGAGAAGAAUCUAGGUGUUGUGUUUGACUACAUAAUCAAAACUGAGAUUUUGUAAGUUAAUUGUGCAUUGAUGUCACCAAAAAACUCGCAAUAGCAAGUAUGUUAAGAGAUGCAUCAUUUGACACUUAGUGUGUGUUUGCACUGACAAUCUAUGGUUUAUAUCUUUACGGAGGAUUAUGACUGAAAGCAAAGUAGUUUAAAAAAAAGAGUGCUUUAAAUGUAGGCAAACAUUGAACAGUCCAUGCAAUUACUCUCCCUCUGCAAAAUGAUCAUUGUAACUGUUAAGGUGAUUUUGUGAAUCGUGAUGUUGCUUUAGUUUUAUUAUUCUCUCAAUCACUUGAGGGAAUAAUGUGCUUUGAAAAAAGAAAAUGAGGUGGUUUGGAGGUAACUGAACAAAAAGUACAUACCUGUUUUCGGAGCAUUGCUAAUGUCAAGCCAAAUGUUGCUCCUCAGUGUGCUGCUUUCACAAACUUUGAGGAUUUAGGGGGGAGAAGUUCACGCUAUUUUUUUUGUCCUUCUCUAUUUCUCCUUCCUCAGUUCAUGAUGAUGAUGUUGUUGUUUUUUUAUAUCUUUUUAAUUGUGCCUUGUUUCUUCAAUGCAGUCACGUCACUUCAAUGCAGUCACCUUAUGUACUUAAUUCAAAUGUAGUAGAGUCGACUACAGGAGAAUCUCACACAAGCCUCUCAGUUAAACACAGUUAAACAAAGACUUUGCAAAAAUGACACUCCAAUAAACACUCACACACAGAUCCAGUGAUGGCAAUCUCCUCUGAUGCACAUUUUUGCAUUCAGCUUAUAGUCACAGAUACUUGAUGUCAUCGUGGAGGGAGGGGUCAUUUCCUGACCAUCUGUAAAUAACAUAGACUUUUGAUUGGUCAGUUCAGUGUUGGAUUAUUGUUUUCAUAUCCUUAAUAACUUAUGUGAGAAAAAAACACAGCACUGAGGUAGCUCUUUUUGAAUCCAAUUGAACUUGUCAAAGAAGUCGAUGCCAAACUCUUGAAACAUGAGAAGGGAUCUUUUAAGCUAAACCUUAACUGUCAACUAGUCGUCAGACCCUGAAGUGGGUUCAUAUGUAAUGCACACAUACACAUACCUGACUGACAGCUGGCUCAAUGAGACACACACACUCUGCCUGUUUAGGUUUUUGUAGGUCAGAGAUGGGAAAACCAGAGCUUUAAUAUCUGCCAUUACUGUGAGUGUGUGUUCAUAAGCUGACCCACUGGACCCUCGUCAUCAUUAGUGAACCAGUCCCGUGUUAUCUUCCUUCAUCACAGAUGCCUUUGUUGCAUGAAAAUCCUUUUUUUUAAUGUGUUGUUUGUUGUUGGUGAUGGUGAUAGUGUUGAUGAUGCUGUUGUACUUUUUAAUUUGUGAAAGCCAAAGGUUAAUUUUGAAUAGCGUGCAAAGAUAUUGAUUUUUACUUUCUGUUUUUCAGUUUUUUAGUACUUUAAGUUUUUAGGGAAACAUUUGUGUUUACACCUGUAUCUGAAAAUAUAGAUUGCAUAUAUAAAUACAUAUAUCAUU